AGUAGAUUCGGACAUCGGACCAUGCAUCUGACUUCGCAAUUCUAGACUGGGAAGUUUUACGUGUGACAGUGUGACGUCUUUCACAUUAGGUUAAGGACACGGACCGCCCACAGAUUAGGACUAUUGUAGACGGGCCUUUAAGAGGAAAAAUUAACACCAAGAAAUAAACCUUUCGUCCAUCCGAAUGCAAGUGGAGCGCAUUACCAUGGCACCGUGCCAUCUUUUUUCGGCAACCAUAAUCAAGUUGAAGAAAUGUUAAUAGCCUAAAAUAAAUUAUAGCCUGACUGUAUAGCCACAAACAAUGUUGUAUUGUUGAAAUAACAUGGGGCGUAAUUACGAUUGAACGAUGGGCUACAAGUUUAUUUUAUUUACUUUUUAUUUAUUUUUAACUUCAAACAAUGUUCUGAACUGUCCACGCCUUUACAAUGUUUCAGGACAGUCUACUCAAAGAUCCUCGUCGACCACUCUGGUGACGACGCCAAAACCUACGUCAUUUAGAACCAAAGAACCUCGAAUUAUUGGAGGUUCCAAUGCAAAGGCAGGGCAAUACCCAUAUCAGGUGUCUUUGAAAAGUGGAGGGGCCCAUUUCUGUGGUGGGGCCAUUAUAGCGCUCAAUCGCAUUCUCACUGCAGGGCACUGCGUCACUCAAGUUCAUCCUAACAACAUCGAGGUAGUGGCUGGAAUACUCAGGAGCUCUGACAACACGGUCGUUCGCAGCGUCAGCAAAAUUAUCUGCCACGAGAACUACACAACCGGGGCUUCAGGGGAAGCCAUCAACGACAUAGCGAUACUUGAGCUAAGCAGUCCGAUGCCAGCAGACAACAGUUACAUAGAAGCCAUCCCAACAGCCACGGUCCUGAAUGAAGAGCAAAACAACUGUGUUGUUAGUGGCUGGGGAGUGGUCAAAUGGGAAAGCAAGAAAGUUGCUCCAACGCUCCAGUUUCUACGAGUCCCACUCGUCAGCUUCGACAAGUGCAUCGUGAGGUACCCACAGCUGGUAGAGGGACAGAUUUGCGCGGGCUAUCUCGACGGCUCGGGUGACGCAUGUCAGGGCGACUCUGGCGGCCCGCUGGCCUGCGGGGGCAAGCUGACCGGCAUCGUGUCCUGGGGCUACGGCUGUGCCACGCCCGGCUACCCAGGGGUGUACGCCGACGUCGCCCACUACAGCACGUGGCUGCAGCGACAUCUCGAGGACAGCUCCGGCGUCGGUGUGUCCGCGGGAGACGACCAGGAAGACCAGACCGUGUCCAACAGGAACUGUGGCUCCACAGUCGCACCUGUGUGCACACUGCUGCUCCUUGUGCUCAAGGCUGCGUUGUGACAAGUGUGACGGCAACAACUGCUUCGUUUUGCAUCUUGUUGCACAUUUUUUUCAUGUUAUUUUUCUGUAAUUUUUUUUGUAAGGAAAAAAUUAAAAUUACUGAAUAAGUAAA